GCUGCCGCCGCUCGGGGUCGCCUGCAGCCCCAGAUUCCCGAGUGCUCUGCUGGCAUGGCAGCCACCUCGGUGCCGAGCCCCGCGGCCAGUUAGGGGCGGCCCCCCUGGCCCAGUCCGUCGGAUCCCCCUUGACUCUGCGCCCUGGGGACGCGUCGCCUCCCAGCCGGAGGUGUCUACACGUCUGGCCGUUCAUCCGUCCGUCCCUCCAGAGGCCGGAACUGACCAUGCCCAGCGGCUGCCGCUGCCUAAAUCUCGUGUGCCUGCUGUGCAUCCUGGGGGCAAUCAACCAGCCUGCCAGAGCGGAUGACUGCAGCUCCUACUGUGACCUGGCCCACGGCUGCUGCGCUCCUGACGGCUCCUGCAGGUGUGACCCAGGCUGGGAGGGACUACACUGUGAACGCUGUGUGAGAAUGCCUGGCUGCCAGCACGGGACCUGCCACCAGCCCUGGCAGUGCAUCUGCCACAGUGGCUGGGCAGGGAAGUUCUGUGACAAAGAUGAGCACAUCUGUACCUCACAGUCACCCUGCCAGAAUGGGGGCCAGUGUGUGUAUGACGGGGGCGGUGAGUACCACUGUGUGUGCCCGCCAGGCUUCCACGGACGCGGCUGUGAGCGCAAGGCUGGACCUUGUGAGCAAGCAGGCUCCCCGUGCCGGAAUGGAGGGCAGUGCCAGGACAACCAGGGCUUUGCCCUCAACUUCACAUGCCGCUGCUUGGCAGGAUUCAUGGGUGCCCACUGUGAGGUCAAUGUGGAUGACUGCCUGAUGCGGCCUUGCGCCAACGGCGCCACGUGUAUUGACGGCAUAAACCGCUUUUCCUGCCUCUGUCCUGAGGGCUUCACUGGACGCUUCUGCACCAUCAACCUGGAUGACUGUGCCAGCCGCCCGUGCCAGAGAGGAGCCCGCUGCAGGGACCGUGUCCAUGACUUUGACUGCCUGUGCCCCAGUGGCUACGGUGGCAAGACUUGUGAGCUUGUCCUACCUGCUCCAGACCCUGCCACAGUGGGCGCCCCACAAACGCCCACCUCAGCUGUGCUUGUGCCUGCUACGGGGCCAGCCCCUCACAGUGCAGGGGCCGGCCUGCUAAGGAUCUCAGUGAAGGAGGUGGUGAGGCGGCAAGAGGCUGGGCUUGGUGAGUCCAGCCUGGUCGCCCUGGUGGUGUUUGGGUCCCUCACUGCCGCUCUGGUCCUGGCCACUGUGAUGUUGACCCUGAGGGCGUGGCGCCGAGGCAUAUGCCCCGCUGGACCCUGUGGGUACCCAGCUCCACACUAUGCCCCGGCUAGGCAGGACCAGGAGUGUCAGGUCAGCAUGCUGCCAGCAGGACUCCCCCUGUCACCAGACCUGCCCCCUGAGCCUGGUAAGACCACAGCGCUGUGAUGGAGGGGGCUCUUUAGCAGCUGCCCUCACCUUCCCACCUCAGACUGUCACCAACCCUCAGCUUUGGUGUCCUCAUCCAGGGGAUUUCAGUCUCAUACCAGAAAUAUUAUUUUUUUAAAACACAGAAUGUAAAAUAGGAAUUUUAUCAAAUAAA